GCGCGGAUCAGCGUCGCGUCGGCCAGGCAGUGGCAGAAGAGUUUUCCAGAAACGCGCGCAACCACAGUGCGCCGCGAAUACUUGAUCGGUGUGGUCGGUGUCGGUCGCUCGCUCUCUCUAUCUACUCUCUGCUUCAUCAAGUAGUGUGUUCCGAAGAAAAAAAAAAGUGUUAUCUCCAAUUUUGCAGCAGACGCGCGGAGUGCGUUUUUCUUCUGGCGGCAUGAAGUCAACUAGCCGGGCCGCCAAUUUGGCUGUCGUGGUGGAACCGUUUAACGCGGACGAUUCCGGCAACAGUUGCGGCAGCAGUGUGUUUUCCGAUUUUUCGGCACCGUCCGAAGACGAUUGCGGCCUUCAGGUGUCCGACUUGGAUACCGAUAUCGACGGAACGUCCGAAGUCCUACAGUGCGGCAUCGGCACCGAUACCGACGACGAGGACGUUGCGGGUCUGGGCGGUUCCGAACAUGAAUACGACCAUCAGAGGUCGCUGCACAGAAUCAAGCUAUGCGACGGCGACGAUGUGCAACAGAGACUGGCGGUACUGUCCUACGAGCAGGUGUGCCGACUGAACGAUGUCAUGGACGAGACGGUCAGCAUACAUGGCAGAGGAAACUUUCCCACAUUGGAGGUCCGUCUCCGUGACUUGGUGGAGGUGGUACGGGACAAACUCGAAGCGGAACCAUCCUCGGGAGGAGCUGGGAUGCGCGUGAGAGAUAUUCGACUAAAUGGUGGCGCGGCGUCCCAUGUGCUCGCAUCCCAACAACCCUACAACGAUCUCGAUCUCAUAUUUGGCGUGGAAUUGUCGUCGCCACGAAACUUUGAGAAAGUCAAAUCGGCAGUGUUGAGUUCGCUAUACGACAUGCUGCCCGAUGGCGUCAGCAGAAAAAGAAUAUCCACCUGUAGUCUCAAAGAAGCGUACGUCAGCAAGAUGGUCAAGGUAAAUAGCGGGUCUGGUACGGGCGACCGCUGGUCUCUCAUCUCGUUGGGCAACGCCCGUGGCAGGGGCGUCGAACUAAAAUUCGUCGAUCGCAUGCGACGCCAGUUCGAGUUUUCAGUAGACUCGUUCCAGAUAGUUCUCGAUUCGCUACUGCUAUUCUACAGGUGCGACGGACCGCCCGUCUCGGAGAACUUCUACCCCACGGUGGUGGGCGAAUCGGUCUACGGUGACUUUCAGGAAGCGCUCUACCACCUCCAGAAGAGGCUUAUCUCGACCAGGCAACCCGAAGAGAUUCGCGGCGGCGGCCUGCUCAAAUACUGCAAUCUACUAGUCAAAAAUUAUAAGCCCGCCCACCCAGACUACAUCAGGUCGUUGGAGAGGUACAUGUGCUCGCGAUUCUUCAUAGAUUUUCCGGACAUAUCGCAGCAGCGCACCAAACUGGAGACGUACCUCUGGAACCACUUCGUCGAACCAGAAGAGGAGGCGUUACGUCACCAGUUCCUGCUCCGCCUCCACGACGUUGUCGAACAGUCGACGGUGUGCCUGAUGGGCCACGAACGACGGCAGACCCUACACCUCAUCCAGAGCUUGGCAUGGCAGGUACUCUAUCAAGACCAGCAACAACGAAUGCUGGCUCAACCUCAAGCAACUGCAGCCCCACCGCUGGUGAUUGCCAACGGGGUAGUGUACGCCCCGUUGGCGGCCGUACCUCCCGGAUGCACCUAUUGCACGUGCACAUCGACAUGGAUGCAAUGUUGCAGCACGUGACCGCAAGUGGUCACUUUUGACGCGUCAUCUCUGUCCCAUCAUUUUUACGAUAACACAGUCAUCUACGACUAAAGUUGGAUCAUACUUGCGCGUGUAAUUGAGUCGGUCGGGCGUACCGCCCUUCUGUUUUUUGUCUUGCAAAUCCGCGUGACUCUAAGCUUAAUGGAAUUCAGCAGAUUAAAAAUUUUUUCCAGAUAAUAGAUUUGGCUAUGGGUGACCAAGUCGUUUUGCAUUUAACGGAAGAAAAAAUCGCCGAUUAGACUUUGUAGUUUUUCCAGCAAUGUGGGCGUAUAAUAAUAAUAAUAAUAAUAAUAAUCUUUAAUCAAUAUAGUGAGGUGUUUUUUAAUAUGUAUAUCAAUUAACAUGGAUGUUGGCGUACGUCAUAUAGUUAUAAGAUAAUGUAGUGGCCGUAAUGCGUUAAAAAUUGAUGCGUCGCAGGUGGCUAUGAUAUUUUCGUAGAGAAGGAUGUUUUGCACAUGCGUCACUCCCCAGCUGACUGAACUGAACUGAGAUUUCUACAUAUUUUGAAAAAAUACUGCCGUAAAAAUGCCGCAUCCAAACAUCGACGAUCUGAUGUUGUUUGUUGAAAGCUGCAAGGUCUACGUCAGAAUUUGUCAUUAGAACUGCCAUUUGUUAAAAAGGAAAUUUUAAAUCUCGCGCAUGCGCACGUUGGAUUGACUUUCUCAACAAAAUUUUACAUAGUUGCUUUAUGAGUUUCUGUACUGUCAGCAUAUACAGGGCGUAUAUAGUUCCAGUUGCUAUAUGAUGUACGUACAAUAACCAUUCCUCACGUUGGGGUGGUAUUUAACUUGGAAACCUGUUUUACACAUGCGAAAUUUUCAGGAAUUAAAAUGUAAAAUGUCAAAUGACUGAAAAUUUUUCGCCAAUUGAAAUCGUCAAAAUAUUUUUCAAAUUGGUUCGAUGAUUUAACAAUUCGAUAACCUAAACCGGUGGAAUUUCUAGUGCGGAAUAGACUUUAAGUAAAUUCCAUCUGUUGGGUAUGUAAAUGUCGAUGUUGGUUGAUAUAAAACGAUAAAAAAAAAUUGUACCUACAUAAAAUGUAAAAUAUGUUUGCAGUUUCGUUCAUCGAUGUUUUGAAUAUACGCUAACUGGAAAACCCCUCUCAAUGUUGCAGGCGCAACCUAAGUAGUUAUAGUCACAUUAACUGAUAAAAAAAAGUUGAUCUCAGCAGCAGCACCCGGUUUCGCUGUUAAUAAAAAAAUAAGUAAAUAAAUAAAUCAGGGUAAACGCGAGGGGAAAAGAAUAUUUUUAAAAUUCUUGCCGGUCCGACCGACUCGAAACGAUGAUUCUGUAUUUAGUGCGAUGCGUGUUUAGUAAUUUUGUUUGGAUCUUGUUUUGAAGCGCAUUUUAAUUUAUACAUUGAAUCACAUUCCGCUUUACAAUCAAUCUAAACGACAAUGACUCAAUGACUGACCUAAUAAGUUAAAAAAAAAGGUUCAUUCCUCAGAUGAUACCGGAGCAGGUGGAAUUGUUGAUAACGUUUUUGGGCGGGCGUUGACGUGGUUAAGUGCAGUUUGAUUAUUUCGAUAGCUCUUCCUUGCAGCGGGAGAGUGCGCAAACGAUCAAGCUGUUUUUGAUCCGUCGUCGAACAGGCCCAACUAUAUAAAGGCAACAAUUCUAUAACAGUAGGCUCUCUAUGACGUAUGGUCGCAGCCUUACUUCGUGUUUUGUACAUUAUUCGAAAACCAGACGGCGAAUGACCGCGCAUGUAUUUUUAUAAACUUGAUAAUGAGGCUGAUGUAAAACAAAAAUGACCUUUUUAUCUUAAUGUUUCAUAAUGGAAAUUUUUUAUUGGUGUGUGGCUGUGAACACAGAUAAUCCAAUUGGUUGUGUACUAUGAGAUUUUAAUCUGCUAUUGUAAUAAUGUUCGCUCUACGUUAUGUGCCGGGAGCGGACGAUAGAGGUACGGUGUGUGUAAAUGGUUUAACUUCUAGUAUUUGUGUGUAACUGUAAGCCUUAUUUUCUUAAAACUACAUCGCAACUGAACAACCCACAGUAGUUUUAACGGUUUCAGACGCGAUCUUGCAGAGUGACCAAAAUGAAAUGUAGUUUUUGAGUAAUAGCGUAGCAAAUGGUUAACCCAGUAUAUGGAAAAAAUCCCACAGGCCAGAAAGCACUAGCGACAUGCAACAAAACAAACUGUCACUUAGCUCACAAAACUUAGUUCUCCGCAAAUGCCAUCAAUUUUGAUACAUUUGGCAAGUGUAAUUGAUUGAAACAAAAAUGAAAGAAAAUUUUAAUUCCAUAAAAUGGGUGGUUUUUGUUUCAAUUAAAUUGACUGUGGUUCAAUUAAAUUUUAGCUAUGUUUUAGAGACAAGACAUUUGAUCUUGAUUCUAGGUACUUCAGUUGAACCGACUGCAGGUGUUUUGUAAUCCACCUCAGUAUUGUCUAGACAUCCAACGAGACAGUUCCAAGUUCAAAUUUGAGAAUCAUUUGCCAAUUCAACUUCUUAACCAGUAAUAAUUCUAAAAUCAUAGUGCCAUAUACAAUAAGAUAUGCGCUUUGAAUAACAAAAUGAGCAUGUACUUUAUAUUGAAUGUUUGAGCUUGGAACAUUUAUUUUUUUAUAGCUAAUAUCAAGUGGUACCUACUCGUCCUUAAGUCUAUGAAACAGUUUUAAUCAUUUAGAUUAGAAUGUAGGUCAUAAGGGCCAAAAACGAAUAACAUAAUCAAACCACUAGCAAAUCAAAAUUUAAGGGAUAUUUAUAAAGUAAUUGUACAGACUGGUUAUGUGACCUCUGAAUUAUGCCUAGAAGUACUUACAUACUUAUAUGCGAUGACAGGUCUGUUACAACCUUGCUCAGAUGUUCAGACAAAUUUGAGUGUUUUUGGGCAAUCUAAUAAAUAUAUGUUAUAUAUUAGUAUGAUUCACCACUAAGUUAUAUAUGAUAUAAAUUAAUCAUUAAAAUGAAGAUUAAAAUGUCUAUAUUUUAAAUGAAAUACGUAUAUGUAUGUUAUAAAGGGGCUUGAUCUGUAUAUUUUUAUUGUUCCAUAAGCCUCGAUUAAGAGUAUAUAUAAAAAUGUCAAAACACAA